AUGGCUCAGAGUACUAAUGAUAGGGGUAAAAAGAAUAUAGUAAAACAAAUUGGCAAUAUAGUAAAACUAGUAUCAAGUAAAAUCAAGAAAUCUAAAGCUCACAAAGAUAGUGCUGAUGAUGAUCAUAAUGAUGAACAAAGUUUGGAUCCUUCAACUCACAAAGUUGUCUCAAAAAGUUUUGGAAAUGCUGAUAUUUAUUAUGAUGAACAAGAUUUGGAUGAUUAUCAUAGUAAUGAUGAACAAAGUUUUGGUAACUAUAAUUUUUUAUAA